CAAAUUUUCUGCAUUUUCAGUAAAACCGAAGACAUAAACAAACCACGAGAGUCACGAGGCGCGUUUCAUCCACAUUUCGAACAUCAUGGAAGAGGAAAUAAACGAAGAACAACAACCGGGGAGACCCAAAAAGAUCAAUGUUCCGACCCAAUAUCGUCAGGGAGCGAAAAUUUUGAAGCAAAUGUGCGAAGAAGGCAAGUCCCUGAAGAAUUUAGUUUACAAUAAUCAACAUUUGAGGGUCAGUAGCAUGUCAAAACUCAUGGGAUUAAUUCAAUCGCACGAACAGCAGUUAGAAGAAAUCAUCAAAAAGACAGAAAUUUUUGAAAAAGAAAAAAACUUGAACCCCUGGCUCGGUAGAAUUCUCAUCACAGAACUGAUUUUCGGCAGAAAACAACUCAUCGGUCAAUCAAAACCCGUGCAAUGUGUUCUCUCGUACCAAGAAGCGCUCGAAAAGGCUCUCGCUACGGUCGAAGCUCAACCAAAAGAGCAAAAACAACUGAAAUACAACGUUCCUCGUUACGUGCGGAUUAACACGAUUCUCAUUGAUCGCAAGGAAGCCAUCGAAUAUUGUGAGCGCGAAGGUUGGAAAUUGGUUUCUAACGAAUUCGACACCUACGAAGAGUUUCUGGCUGCCGUAAAUGCCUUGGAUGACGAAUCUUUCAUGAUCGAUUAUCACAUCAAGGAACUUUUGCUGUUCCCGAAGAGCUCGAAACGUUAUUGGAGUUCAAAUGAGCUCAAAAACGAAGGAAAAUUCCUUUUACAGGACAAAGCUUCGUGUCUUCCGCCUUUUAUGCUGGAUCCGAAGAAAAAAUCAACAGUUUUGGACAUGUGCAGCGCUCCGGGCAACAAAACCGUUCAACUUGCGGCAAUUAUGAAGAAUAAAGGCAAAAUUUACGCUGUCGAAAAAAAUCCCGAGCGUUACAAGUUACUUUGUGAGACAAUCGAGGCUUCUGGAGUAAAAAUCGUGUCUUCGAUCAAUUCGGACAUCACCAAUAUCGGAAACGAACAAGCGCCAAAAGUUGAGUUUAUUCUUCUCGAUCCGAGUUGUUCGGGCAGCGGCAUGUUAAAUCGCUUCGUUCAAGACUCCGAAGCUGAUAAAGACACCGCUCGCUUGUACAAACUCUCGGGACUUCAAUACAAACUUUUAUUUCACGCCAUGACGAAUUUUCCAAAUGUUCAACGCAUCGUUUACUCGACUUGUUCAAUUUAUCCGGAAGAAAAUGAGGAAGUUGUUCUCGGUGCAUUGCGGCAUUGUAAGGAUUUUAAGCUGAUAAAUGCCAAAGAGCUUCUUGGCGGGUAUUGGACAAAUACGGGAGAUGAAGGAAAAUAUCCCGGAAUUGGCGGAAAUUGCAUUUAUUCGAGGACGGAACAUGAUUUGACGAUCGGAUUUUUUGUGGCAGUGUUCAUUAGAUGCGAAGAGGGCGAAGAGAAUGAGUUUUACAAGGAAAAACAAGCAACGAAACGACCUUUUGUGAAAAACAAGAACGCAGAAGAGGCAGGAAAGGACAACAAAUAUAAGAAGAAAAAGAUGAUGCGCGAGGAAAAUGAAGCUGAAUAAUUUUUUUUUUGACGAAUUUAAUAAAUCUCUCUUUGA